GGGCGGCGGGCGAGCGGGGAAAGAUGGCGGAGCUCGGUAAGAAGUACUGCGUGUACUGCCUGGCCGAGGUGAGCCCGCUGCGCUUCCGCUGCACCGAGUGCCAGGACAUCGAGCUGUGCCCCGAGUGCUUCUCGGCCGGCGCCGAGAUCGGCCACCACCGCCGCUACCACGGCUACCAGCUGGUGGACGGCGGCCGCUUCACGCUCUGGGGGCCCGAGGCCGAGGGCGGCUGGACCAGCCGCGAGGAGCAGCUGCUGCUGGACGCCAUCGAGCAGUUCGGCUUCGGCAACUGGGAGGACAUGGCUGCGCACGUGGGGGCCUCCCGGACCCCCCAGGAGGUGAUGGAGCACUACGUGAGCAUGUAUAUCCACGGGAACCUGGGGAAAGCCUGCAUCCCCGACACCAUCCCCAACCGGGUGACGGACCACACCUGCCCCAGCGGGGGGCCCCUGUCGCCCAGCCUCACCACGCCGCUGCCCCCGCUGGACAUCUCCGUGGCCGAGCAGCAGCAGCUGGGCUACAUGCCCCUGCGCGACGACUACGAGAUCGAGUACGACCAGGACGCCGAGACGCUCAUCAGCGGGCUCUCGGUGAACUACGACGACGACGACGUGGAGAUCGAGCUCAAGCGCGCCCACGUGGACAUGUACGUGCGCAAGCUGAGGGAGCGCCAGCGCCGCAAGAACAUCGCCCGCGACUACAACCUGGUGCCCGCCUUCCUGGGGAAGGAGCGGAAGGAGAAGGAGAAGGCGCCCAAGCGCAAGAUCACCAAGGAGGAGAAGGAGCUGCGGCUGAAGCUGCGGCCCCUCUACCAGUUCAUGUCGUGCAAGGAGUUCGACGACUUGUUUGAGAACAUGCACAAGGAGAAGAUGCUCCGAGCCAAAAUCCGGGAGCUGCAGCGCUACCGGCGGAACGGGAUCACCAAGAUGGAGGAGUCGGCCGAGUACGAGGCCGCCCGGCACAAGCGGGAGCGGAGGAAGGAGAACAAAAACAUGGCGGGCUCCAAGAGGGGAAAGGAGGACGGCAAGGACGGCGAGUUUGCGGCCAUCGAGAACCUCCCUGGGUUCGAGCUCUUGUCGGACCGCGAGAAGGUGCUGUGCAGCUCCUUGAACUUGAGCCCCGCGCGCUACGUGACGGUGAAGACCAUCAUCAUCAAGGACCACCUCCAGAAGAGGCAGGGCAUCCCCUCCAAAAGCCGCCUGCCCAGCUACCUGGACAAGGUCCUCAAGAAGAGGAUCCUCACCUUCCUCACGGAGAGCGGGUGGAUAGCCAGGGACGCCUCCUGAGCCGCCCGCCCGGGCGCCCGCCACCCCUCGUCUCCAGGUAUAAACGCUCUCAGUCCUCUGAAAGAAGCAAUAGCAACCGCGGCCCGCCGCACCCCAGGGGAGGCCAGCACGUCUCCAUUCUGACUUCGUCCUAGAAGUAUCCUUUGAGGUGACGAACCGCCUUGUGUGUUCCGUGGCAGGGGCGGCGGGGACGGGCCCUGGCCGCCUUCCCUUCAGGUUUAGAAGUGGGUGCCAGGAGCUGCGCUUUUCGCCAUCAGCUCUUUCCUGGCGACACAAGCUCUUCUCAGGCAAGUUGCUGCGGGUGCCCCUUUUCUGAGCCUGCUGCUGUCCCCCAGCCGACACCCCAACACAGCCCCGGCACGCGGCACUUUACCUGGAGGCCGGCCGUGCCCAGAGCCCACUGCUGUGGAGGCCAGAGACCACCACCAGGCCCACGCCCGCUGAGCCCCUGAAGAGGAAGAGCCCCUUGUUGGCACAGUGAGCAUAGGAUGCCCCUGCCUGGCGUGGCACGCACAGCCAGCCGCCCUGGGAAGGGCGGUGCCCUCCACGCCUUCUCGCAUCCCAGGGGAAGGGACACCGGGCUGUCCCGGGGCCGCGUGGCUGCUGCACCUGUCAGGCGCCCUCCGUGGAAGACCCUGCUUUAGGACGCAAGGCUGGUGCCCGCGCUCCCAGCCUGGGUGCGGCUUCCUCAGGAUUCUCAUCCCUCUUGUAAAUAGGACCGUGCUACCUAGCUAAGCAGAGGGCUCUGCUAGCUGGGCAGAGCCAGGGUCAGCCUGCGGGGGCUCUGGUGCGUAGGGGAGCACCCUGGCCGUGCCUUGGAGCCCGGUGCUGCUUCUGUUCACUGUCUUGAAACAGACCCAGAAACAACCUCCCAGCCCAGCUGGGCAGGAAAGCUUGUUUCUGGGGCUCCCUUUAAGGUCGUACAUGGUACCUUCCUAAACUUGAGGAAGGCAUUUGUCUUCCGGCUGCUCAGGGUUCUCCCGCCCAGACCCUGCUUUAGAGUCCUGGAGUGACCACAGACCCCACCCCCCUCCUGCUCUGCCAAGCUCGUCCUCCCUGUCCCCUAGGUACAAGAGCCUGUUGACCUCCCAGAAUGUUGGGGCUUGACCUUACAGUGAUGUUAAAGAAAAUAGGAAAGAACAGAAAACCCGAACCUCAUUCCAAGGAUGACUUGACUCCGUGCCUUUUCAUUCUACAUCCUGUCCCCUAGGGUAAGCUUUUCAACAUGAAGUACACUGAAUAUGGCUUUAGUUGUAGGGUGCAGCGUGAGCUGGCCAAGUGUCCCAACUGUCGGCUGGGCCCAGACAGCAGCGCAGUGGCCUCAGUUGUGAGAGCCAGCUCCACACCGCCCCCUGCCGGCGAAACUGCUUUGUGUCUUAGCAAGCGGCUCUCCGCGUGGGCUCCUGGGCACUUGUUAACGGCAGAACCAGGCCUCAGGCCUCAGGUUGUAAACUGGGAGGCCUCUGGGGUGAGGGCUGGCAGGCUGUUUUCAAGCUCUUCCCGUAGCUAAGGUUCAAGUUGGAGAACCACCGGCUUUAGUUGUCCUAGUGACACUUUUUUUUUUUUUUUUUUUUGUACCAGAGUCCUGGUUUGGUGAGGUUUUAUGUUUAGUCUUAUUUUUAUAUAAAAUGACAGCCAGACCUCUAUGGAAAGUGUGGACAGCAGAGGAUCCCUGUAAAUGUGUGGCCGGCAAAUGAGACACUGCUUAAGCAGGCUCAUGUGCAUAUCUCUGAUGGUUUUUAAAUGCCAUAAUGAAUGUAUAAUUUAUGUUGAAGUUUUAAUAUGCUGUUACAAGGGAAAAGUAAUUUUAGGAUUGGUUGCCUCUUCUUCCAUCUGCUCUAGCUAUUCUCGUCACGUUAGUCCUGGCUCCACCGUGAGCUACAGCCUGACGUGUCUGUAUUUCAUUCUCAGUCAGUUAAUAGCAUACCCUGUGGAACUAGGUCUUUUUGAAAUGUAACUGUCUUUGAAUCAAAAAGUUAGAUAAUUCUUCAACUCUUUGAAAUAAUGCUCUGGGAGGCGAACAUUCUGAGAAUGUAUUAAAGAUUGCAACUCUGA